UCUUGAGCUAACUGUGACAGGCCAGAACUGCUGGUUUGUGGGAUUUAUCCAAGGCACAAGCCUGUGGCUCAUGUACAGGAAGGUGAUUGUGACAUGAGAGGUGUUUUUGUUGCAGUCUCAAACACUUGCUCUUGUUGUGUGUUCUGGAUCUGGUGGGGGGCCUAAGAUUGCAAACCAAAACACCAUGCAGUGGUCUUGGAGGCUUCUGGAGUGUGCAGUUGCUUGCAUGUAGUGCCCUCAGAAAUGGUGCCACCAAGGUGUGGGGUGAUGCAUCUGCUCUGCAUGGUGCUGCUGGACCAAGGAGAGUUUAGGCUGUUGACCUGUUGGAGGGAGCUGUGCAGAGCUCGAAUUUUGCAGGCAGGCAGGUGAGGUGUUGCAUGUUGGGGAUGAGCUGGAUGUGUCAGGGUUAUCCAAAGCAGCCCUGGCUUUUUUAUUCUGCUUGUUUGUAUUCAGUGUUCUGUCUCUGCCCUGAUGUGUGUGAUGGGAUCUGUCAGUGGGGAUGUGAUUCUCAUGACGCCCUGUGCCCUUUAUUUGCUCAUCCCUAAGGGACUGUUUCUGUCCCUCUCUUAACCCUCUCUAUUACCAGCCCUUCAUUUUCCUUGGCGCUCUUAAUCUCUUGCUCGAAUCUCCUUCCAACAAGCAUUUAUCUCUGUGUCUUUCCCUUCUGAUGCAGUUUCUAGCACUUUCUUGACCUUUUUCCAGGUUCUUGUUGAGAAUGCCUGUGAUGUCACUGUGGUCAGCCAGCUGCAUUGGCUGUGGCUGGUCCUGCUCAUGGGGACAUAAAACCCUGCUUGGCUGCCACUCACACGUGCACAGUAAAAUCCUUUGAACAGCUGGGCGUUAGUCUUGGCUUUCCAAAGCUAAAGUGUCUGAACACUUUUCUGCAUCUCCAAAGGAUUGUGCAGGGGAGUGUUUGGAUGCUGGAAGUGCCCUGGUUUUUCAGGUGUGUUUGAAGCUGUGAUGGUGUGUCACCCAUCAGAAACAGAGGCUCAAAGGGAAGGGAACUGGGACUCUAAAAUCCCUUUGUCACAUGCACCGUGACAGUGAAUUUAAUAAUUCCAGCUGAGGAUGGAAGGUCUAAUUCCCUCCAGGCACACACUGGGCAGCAUUGCAGGCAGCCUGCAUCAGUAGGGAAGUCUAAACUUUUCCAAGAGCAGAGCAGGUCUUGGCACAGGGAAUGGCCAGGUGUAGUUCAUGGACAUUCUGUACCAGGUCUAUAGCUGGGGGUGUCUGUGUGUGGUUAGCUGAUCAGCACUACUUUCUAAGUGGAAACAGAAAAUGGCAUUGGAAUUAAUGUUCCUUGUUUUGGAUGUGUUUGCUGUUUUUUGCUGUGGAUUGCACAGAGGCUGCAGGGUGAGGUCACGCUGUGCUGGACGCCAAGGGGCCCGUGCAGAUGAGCAGAACUACAAUGUACUGACUGUGAGCAGCUUCCAAAGAGUUCUUUCCUUUGUGGAUGCUGGGAGAGGGCCUUUCCUCUUCUAGCUGGUGGAUGCUGGCCUGCAUCAAGCAAGUGUAGCACACCAUGUUUCCCUGGGAGGAAGUAAGCGCUGUUUUCUUGAAACAGCAUGACCAAAGUCAAGUCAAAAUGCAUCCAUGGCAAGCCGAGCCUGGGUAUGGACUCUGAGACUCUGUGAGUCUGAGGGACUGUUGCAAGUCCUCAGGACAGGACUUUGUAGUAGUUCUGCAGGUAGAGGCACAAAGCAAAAUGGGCAUUUGGGGACUUGUUUUACUAUUGUUUAAAAUAUUUUGGUUUUUCACACUAAGAACACAGAAGCUUUUCUUAGAAAAUGAAGGGAGAAAUCCAGCAUUGUGAACUAUAAACUACAGGAUGAGUUUAUUUUUUUCUCCACUUGACUUUGACUCUGCUUUGAAUAUUUGGAGAUUUCAGAGUUUCCAAACUAGUUUUUUUUUUCCCUUCCAGACUGAAGUUUGAGCUGGUGUGUCUCUUCUCUCUCCCAGUCUAAUUUACUCUGGCUAACUUAUGCUUCUGCCUGCUCUUAGCUCCAGCCUUUCCCACAAUAGAGAAGUGGUCUCGGUUACUGACUCCUGUCCUCUUGGAAGCACUCUGGGCACUUCUCAGUGAGUGACACCUGGGCACACAAGCCAUGAGGUCUCCCGGGUGCCGGGCCCGGGACAGAGGGGCCCAGAGCUGCCAUGACGACAGGGGACUGCUGCCACCUCCCUGGCUCCCUGUGCGACUGUCCGGGAAGCGCUGCCCUCUCCAAGUCAGUGGAGGAGUCGGACCUCGGGCGCCCGCAGUACAUCACCCAGGUCACGGCCAAGGACGGGCGCCUCCUCUCCACGGUGAUCAAGGCGCUGGGCGCCCAGAGUGGCUGAAGGACCCCGGGCCCCGCAAUGAGAAGAGGACGCUGUUCUGUGACAUGGUGUGUUUCCUGUUCAUCACUCCCCUGGCGGCCAUCUCGGGCUGGCUGUGUCUGCGCGGGGCCCAGGACCACUUGCAGUUCAACAGCCGGCUGGAGGCCAUCGGACUCAUAGCACUCACUAUAGCACUUUUCACCAUCUACGUCCUCUGGACACUGGUCUCGUUCCGCUACCACUGCCAGCUGUACUCGGAGUGGCGAAGGACCAACCAGAAAGUCCGCCUGAUGAUCCCGGCCUCGCGGAGCCCCCAGCCCCUGCCCCACUCCCUCCUCUCCGCCAAGCUCAUGAAGAAGGCGGCGGAUGAGACCACGGUCUGAGCCGUGCCGCGGCCGGCCAGGGUGGCCCAGGGACCCUGGCAGCUGUGGGGGCACUGGAAAACAAUCAUCCCACCCAAAGGGACUCUGUGCUCAGCACGUGCUUUAGACCUUGGCAAAGAGACACAUAAUCAACAUCUGUGGGUGAAAUGGCCCAAAAGAGCCUGAUGGCAGAAAAUGCCUGUCUGCAGGGACACUUUCCUAUAACGAAAUACCAUACAUGGAAAACAUCUCCCUCUAUAUAUAUAUAUCUAUAUAUAAUAUUUUUUAAUGGCCAUGCAUAUUGUGUUUCAAUCCUUUUGUGUUGAUGUUCUAAGCUUCAGGAUAGAAGCUGGCAACCUGAUCUCAUUCAGAGGUUAAAUCAAUGCCUUUUCUCCAAAUGAUCAUAUGAGGAACACUUUUCAUCAACCAUUCUUGAAAGUCCCUUUAUCCUUUGCACUAAAUUGGUUUUGAUAUACUGCAGCAGCCUUCCCGUUACUCUUUGGUCUUUUUUGUGGUGUUCUGUCCUUUCUAGAAAGCUGAGUGUUUUUAAUAAUUAUUAUAAUCCCAGAAGGAGUAAAAUGACAUAAUACUGAAUGGAGACAUUUUGUAUUGUAAAGUACUGUAAUUUUGAGAAUUUCAAAAUCAGUUUCAGAAUGAGAGAAUCUUUUCCGGUGCAGACAUGAUCUCACAAAAUGCUUUCCUUGAGAUCCUGGCUUAUCCCCAGGACUCAGAUGCACUCAGCCCUUGGUCUGUCUGGCAAAGGUAGAUGGAGGAUCCGAGGGUGGGAAGAGAUGGCUCUGUACUAGCUAAACCCACCAUUGCCUUUUGCUUUGAAAAGAUUGAGAAAGGAGCUUUCCUGACCCCAGAAGGUGGGAGUUGGAGUUUCUGUUUGCUGAUGUCCUUUUGCCAGCUUGAGGCUGGACCUCCUGUAGCAUCAGUUUCACACGUACCUUAGGGGACAGGCCAUGCCCUGGCAGGACGCAGGUGCUCUUGGCUGUCUCUGCACUUUAUUUGCACAUUCCAGAGGAGCUGCUGGGAUUGGGUUCAUCCCUGGUAGUGCUGCCUGCCUGUUGUGUCCUCUAGUGAAAUACCAACCCAGUGUGUUGGUCCCAAAGAACAGGCUCUGGGUCCCUUGUCCUGUGGGGCCGGUGUUCCUCCUUCUCCUGCUCCUUUCACCUGUGUUUCCAGUACAUGCAGCUCUCAAAGCCCUCUGUCUGAGAAUGCCCCCUUUGCCAAGAGUCCCCCUGGUUUGGCUUUGGUCCUUGCCUCUGCCACCUCACCCUGCCAGACAGUGCCUGGUGCUGAGCUUUCCUGAGUGGCACAGGCUGUGAGGACACUGGUGGUGCUGCUGCCCUGCCAGGGCUCCAGAGCUGUGUGCAGCUGCUUUGCUGGAGCCUGGGCUCUGGCUCCAUGGUGGUGAGGGUAGAGAGCAGGCAAGAGGCAGGCUCUGAGGGGCCUGUGUCCUUGCAGUGCAUGGUGGUGGUCGUGCACUUAUCCCUCUGCCCCUUUGCUGAAAGCAAGUGGGUCAGUGCAAUGCCCUGUGAGAUGGAGAUCUGUAAUUUCCUGAAUUCAAAGCACCAUGUGCACCUCCUCCUCCUCCUCUCUGUCUGUCUGCAAAGCAGGAUGUGUUUCCUUGUGUGUUCCCUCAGCCUGAGCUGGUAGUUGCUGGUGGCCUGAACAGCAGGGACCAGUGUGCUGUCUUGCCCAACAGGAUUGCUCCAGCCCUUGGCCCUGGUGUCUGCUCUCCUCUGUUCCCUCUCCCAGGUGCAGCUUGGGGAUACCCUGACACAUCUUGCAGCAGCCUCUCUGUGCCCUGAGGGCUGCUCUGAACUGGUCUCUGUUCAAGCGUGAGGGGCUGGUGUGACUGUGGGGUGAAUGUCCUCUGCUGCAGCCAGGCUGCACAUCUCUGCUCCCCUCUCUCGGCCAGCCCCCCGACUGUCCCUUCCCUUCUUCCACAUACCUGGGGUGUCUGCCCUUUUCCCAGUCAUGCACUCAUGCAGGGAUUACUCUGCUUCUGGUACUCUUGGUGGAGAGGCUGCUGCAGCCCAGCUCCAGUCCCAGUCCCUGCUCCAGUCCCAUCCCAUUCCCAUGCAGGUGCUCCCCACCCUGCACAACCUUCCAUAGCAGCAGGCUCUGCACCACUGCUCUGUGCCUUGUCCUGAGUGCCCCUUCCUUCAGCCCCUUCCCAACAAACCCUCUGUCACUAGGACAUCACCAGUGAAGAAAAAUGGAGGGGUGGUUUAACCUUCCCAGCCCUGGCUGCCUCCCAGGAGCUUGGCCCCACAAGGCACCGAGUUCUGCAGAUGAGGGAUGCUCUCUCCCAUUGCAUGUCCCCAGGGUAAGGACUUCAUGGAGCCAAUGUUCCAGUUAAGAAACCCACCAUCAAUCCAGAUAUGCAACUGUGAAAGCCAGAAGCCCUUGGCUGGGGCAGUGGGGGCCCAGUCCUGUCUGUGGCCAUGGCUGCACCCAGCAUCCUUGGCUUUGCUGUCAUUGCCAGAAAUGGGAGCUGUUGCAUGUGCCCCCACAAGACCCAGUAGUGACUCUUUGAGUCUUGUCCUCCUUCCCAGAGGUGUUCAGCUCGUGGAUGUGGGCAAUUGGUGUCUGACCCACCACGUUCCAGUGCGUUCUGGGGAAAUGGGCUGUGCAAUGAUGUAAAUAAAAGUGAGACAAAC